GUGACAUCAGCAUCAUCUACACACCUGCUAGUGACAUCAGCAUCAUCUACACACAUGCCAGUGACUUCAGCAUCAUCUACACACCUGCUACUGACAUCAGGAUCAUCUAUACACCUGCUAGUGACAUCAGCAUAAUCUACACACAUGCUAGUGACAUCAGCAUCAUCUACUCACCUGCUAGUGACACCAUGCUUCUCUUCACCUGCUAGUAACUUGUCUGCUUUGUGAUAAGCAAAUUUUGCUAUCUUCCAAUUCUAAACACAUCAGAAAUCACCAACCCCUCCUGACAUAUCUUUCCAGUUGGGAGUAGGUAUGUUGCAACAAUAUAACAUAAAUAACAAUAAAAUAUAAUUAAUUGAAGCAUGACUUAUUGGGGUAACUGUUUUUUCUUGUAAUAGAACACUAUAGAACUACAUUCACUAUAGAACAGGAACAUCAUUUGUUGGUAAAUUUUUCAUGCCUACUUUCUUCCUAGCAAAAAAUUAAUGUAUAUGCCAAAGUAGAAUUCAACAACUUUAGCUGUGAUCUCUGUGAUCAGCUCAUCAUCUCUCCAUACCCUCUCCACAUGGAAGUCACCUCUUGUACUUGUCACAAGAUCACACCAGGUUAACUAAGCCAGGAACCAUCAGCUGACCGUGGAAUGCCAAUUGUGUGUUUCUAUCUCAGUUUUGCAUGGUCCCCAAUAAACUCAACGUGGGAUUCCUCUCUGAUUUCUUUCACAUCAGGGCACUUAACCUCUAGCAGGCCACAGAGAGGUUCUUCAUUUGGGUCCACCACUUUGCCAUCUGCACCAAGGUGUGGAGCAUCAGGGUGGAUGAUGAGACCAGAUGGAAGAACGUUAACGUCAGAGGUGUCCUCAUAGCGCUCCACUGAAGGUCAGUCCAGAUGGCUUUCAUGUCCAGACUGUCCCGGUCACGGAGUAAUUCCAGAUCUCCCAGCAGAAAGGAUUCAGAGAAAGGCUCUCCUGUACUAACUGUUACUGAACUUGAGCGUCUGCUGUACACUGGGAAAACCGCCUGUAAUCAUGCAGAUGAAGUGUGGCCGAGGCUCUACAUAGGUGACCAAGAAAUUGCCUCCAAUCGCAAAGAACUCGUCAAACUCCGGAUCACGCACAUCCUCUACUGUGCUCAGAGCAAAUGGAGAGGAGGCGCAGAGUAUUAUGCUGGCAUGAAAAUCACAUAUCACGGCAUUGAAGCUCACGACUUGCCCUCUUUUGACAUGAGUGUCAACUUCUACCUAGCAGCUGAGUUCAUUCACAGAGCCCUUAGUACCGGAGGAACGAUUCUUGUGCAUUGUGCCGUUGGGCUGAGCAGAUCUGCUACAUUGGUUCUCACCUACCUCAUGAUUCACCAGAACAUGACUUUAGUAGAGGCCAUAAAGACUGUGAAGGACCACCGUGGUGUCACGCCUAACUGCGGUUUCCUACGGCAGCUCAGCGGUCUGGACCGCAUACUGCGCACCAGCCGCAUUGCAACAUAAAGCAAUGUGUACUGUAAAUGAGAGCAGAGUGUCUUUACAUACAGUGAGUUUAUUCCAGCUGUCCUCUUGUGGUCAGUAGAAAUGCCUUAUUACAUCAGGACCUCUAGAAAUGUGUGUAAUGCCUUAUUCAGUGUUAGAUAUCAUGUGACCACCCACUGAAAUGUUGCUGUUAAUCACCACAAGUGUUUUUGUGUUUAAAAAGUUAAAUUAGAACAACACAAGGUGUAGACAAGUUUAGAACAGUUUGUCAUGUGCGAGACAAAAAUGGGUCAAAAAUGGGUCCAUCUAAUGCAUGUUUACAAAAAAAACCUGUGUCAUGCGCGAGAUGCUACAAAAGAUGCAAUAGCAGUGGUCAAACAUUUACACACACACAUUUACAAGAGAAGCAGCACCAUGGAAUGCAAAAAAGCAUUUUUUGUGCAAAUUCAAUUAGCAACAGCCACAGACUCGCAUCAGUCCCUUAAAAAAUCUAGUGACCACAUAGAAUUGGCAUCGCAACCACUCACUUUAAGCACUUUUGUAACCACCUAGACUGCAACUGCCAAUAGCACCCUAACAACAUAGAACAAUGUACCACAUAAUACUACCAUAUAGUGACCAUCCAGAACACUUAACAUCGCCCAAAUAUUUAGGUGACCAGGUUCUCACAAGAUGCUCCUCUCUUAUGUCAUCCAAUUUUAAACACAACUUCAAAAUUUUCUUAUGAUGCAGUGCUAUAAUAUUAUGAAAGUUUGAAAGUAUGGUCCAUCGGUUUUGCAUUUCAGUUUGGGUAAUGUAGCUGGUCACAUUCGUUACAGACAGUUUUAUUACACAUUAACAUUGACGUGUGCUUUGUAUAAAUACUAAAGAUGUCAUGUGAAGUGUUCUAUGUUUCAAGUUGUCUCUUUUAACUUGUUUUGUAAUGCAUUGUAAUAUAGAGUAGCUUUACUGUACACAAGAAGUGCAGUCUUGUACUUACAAAUCCAGCAAAUCCUCAAGUGCAGUACAAUGUACCGACUGUAGCUAUAUGAAUUGCAUUGUGUUGGUAUUAUUGUCCUUUCUGUACAUUUGUAUUAUUGGGGACAGCUGUUUAUUAUAUUUGUGUACGUGUUCAUCAUGGUUACAUCUAACAUAAAUUAACUGCAACAGCCAGAGCUGAACUACUGCCAGAUCCCUUCCACUGUACCUGGAUCUAAACUACACGCCAGUUUGGGUGAAAAUGUUGAUCGCUCAGAGAUUAAAGCCGGAGACAAAACGGGGCAUUCAACCAAAUGUAAAAUCAUUGUGAUUUUAAUUAUAAUGUACAUUAAAUCUAAUAAACAUAAUUUCAUUUUCCAAGUUGCCUUUGUGCUU